UCCGCGGAGGCCGUGGGCUCGCGGCUCGCGCCCCGCCCCCGUCCCCGCGGCCCCCUCCCCCGUCGCUCCCGCCGGGUGUCCUCGCUCCUCCCGAGCGGCCGCCGCUCCUCCGCUGCCAGGCGCGGGCUUCCCGGGCGCUGCGGCCGCCGCUGCCUCCGCGGUCUGCGCGAGGAGGAGGAGGAUGUGAAGAUGGCGGAGCUGCAGAUGCUGCUGGAAGAGGAGAUCCCGGGGGGCCGCCGGGCCCUCUUCGACAGCUACACGAACCUGGAGCGGGUGGCCGACUACUGCGAGAACAACUACAUCCAGUCAGCAGAUAAGCAGCGAGCCCUAGAGGAAACCAAAGCCUACACCACCCAGUCCUUAGCAAGUGUUGCCUACCUGAUAAACACCUUGGCCAACAAUGUCCUGCAGAUGCUGGACAUCCAGGCAUCCCAGCUGCGAAGGAUGGAGUCGUCAAUCAAUCAUAUUUCACAAACCGUUGAUAUUCAUAAAGAGAAAGUUGCAAGAAGAGAAAUUGGUAUUUUGACUACCAAUAAAAACACUUCAAGGACACAUAAGAUUAUUGCUCCAGCCAAUCUUGAAAGACCAGUUCGUUAUAUUAGAAAACCUAUUGACUAUACAAUUCUAGAUGAUAUUGGACAUGGAGUAAAGUGGUUGCUUAGAUUUAAGGUGAGUACCCAGAAUAUGAAGAUGGGUGGGCUGCCACGUACAACACCUCCAACUCAGAAACCUCCCAGCCCCCCUAUGUCAGGGAAAGGGACACUUGGGCGGCACUCCCCCUAUCGCACACUGGAGCCAGUGCGUCCUCCAGUGGUACCCAAUGAUUACGUACCUAGCCCAACCCGUAAUAUGGCUCCCUCGCAGCAGAGCCCUGUGAGGACAGCUUCUGUGAAUCAAAGAAAUCGAACUUACAGCAGUGGGAGUAGUGGAGGAAGCCACCCCAGUAGUCGGAGCAGCAGCCGGGAGAACAGUGGAAGUGGGAGUGUAGGCGUUCCCAUCGCUGUUCCUACUCCCUCUCCUCCCAGUGUUUUUCCAGCCCCUGCUGGCUCUGCUGGUACUCCUCCCCUUCCUGCUACUUCCGCAUCUGCCCCUGUCCCUAUUGUUCCUGCUACUGUCCCUUCCUCCACUGCCCCAGACGCAGCUUCUGGGGGUGCCCAGGCCCUUGCUGAUGGCUUCGCUUCUCCAACUCCCCCUGUUGUUUCUUCUACUCCCCCUACAGGUCAUCCUGUUCAGUUCUAUAGCAUGAACAGACCUGCCUCUCGCCAUACUCCCCCAACAGUAGGGGGCUCGUUGCCCUAUCGACGCCCUCCUUCCAUCACCUCACAAACAAGCCUUCAGACUCAGAUGAAUGGAGGACCUUUCUAUAGCCAGAAUCCAGUAUCUCUUGCUCCUCCUCCUCCCUCCAUCCUACAGGUAACUCCUCAGUUACCUUUAAUGGGAUUUGUGGCCAGAGUCCAAGAAAAUAUUUCAGACACACCACCCCCACCACCACCUGCGGAAGAGCCAGUCUUUGACGAAUCCCCCCCUCCACCCCCUCCUCCAGAAGACUACGAAGAGGAGGAGGCCGCCGUGGUGGAGUACAGUGACCCAUACGCUGAGGAGGACCCGCCCUGGGCUCCAAGGUCUUAUUUGGAAAAGGUUGUGGCAAUUUAUGAUUAUACAAAAGACAAGGAAGACGAGCUGUCUUUUCAGGAAGGAGCCAUCAUUUAUGUCAUCAAGAAGAACGACGAUGGCUGGUAUGAGGGAGUUAUGAAUGGAGUGACGGGGCUCUUCCCGGGGAAUUACGUCGAGUCCAUCAUGCAUUAUUCUGAGUGAAGCUCUGCCGCCGUUUCCCUCCCAGGAAUAGGCAGGACUUCCCAGACCAUCCCAAGGCCCUGGCCUUCCCCUCAGUGAAGUGAAUGAAGGAUACAAAUGAUAAAAACUACGUAUGUGUUGUUGUUUUCAGUUUAUCCCCCGGUAUUAAAGCAAAAAGCAAACCUAAUUGUGAACAAAUGGAUCUUUCUGUCAUCAUUUGUACUAUGCUGAUCUGUCUGGAUUGAAAUAAAGUGACCAUUUCUGAAUAUGUCGAGGAAUAACAGCUUAACUGUAAAACAAAUCAGGUUAAGACUGAUUCAGAGCAAAAUCUGGGAUCUUUCUCAGGAAUACUGCACACCAUGGGAUAUCUUCUGCAGAACCUGUGGCACUGGCUAUUCUUCAGUGCCUGUGCCAAAGGGUUAGCCUGUGGCCUACUGCGUACCCCACUUUCUUCCACCUGUAUGAGGAGGGAACCGAUGUUUGAAUACCAUACUGAACCAUUUUUAGUUGUUUCCGAGGGCUCAUUUCCUGUCACAGGUAAAUUCUGCACUCUCUCAGUACUUGCGCGUGCCAGAGUGAAUGCUGAACUGACUUGCAUCCCUCAUGUUUCUGUUUGUAGAUGAUGAUGAAAUGAGUCUCCCAACAUUCUGAGGGUGGUUGGCAAUGGCCAGUGUGACUUGAAUGUGCUGCUGCUGCAUGAGACUGCGUUGCACGAAGGGCCAGCACACCAGGUGUGUGACGCUGGCCGCGAAGGCGCUUAAGGUCCUGAAAAGAUUGGACUGUAGAAACUGCUGCCCAACAGGCAUCCUAAGGCUUUGCCUUAGGCACUGGUGUGAGGAGCAGGAUUUUGGAAGUUAGACCAGCUGUUUACUUUCACUAUUGAGUAAAACAUUCUUUUUGGGGAAAAUAGCAGUUAUUUUCAAAUUUCUUGAUAGUCUCUGGGAAUAAAAGGCUUGCUGCUGUAAUCUUGGUGACACUAGUGGCCAGUGUUAGCUGCUGCUGAGUUGUUGACUCACUUGACUUUAGAAAAGGGAAAUACUCGCUUGGUUUUGUGGUUGGUCUUGGAAGUAGCUUCCUUUGGUAAGAAUUUGAACUUGUAUCGCAGACUAAGAAUAGUGGGGUAAGGCCAAAUAUUUAUCCAAUUACAUAGAUUAAAAACUGAUAGGAUUUUGCAAUACAGCACUUUUUUUUUAUCUGCCCAAUUAUAGCUUCAAGUUCAGUGGAGUCGGUAAGUCAGAUGGCUUCAAUCAUUUCUGUAAUCAGUAUAAGAAAUGUUUUAAAAACCCAGGAGGGCUUUGCUGCUCAGCACGUGAAACUCUGGGAUGAAGCAGCUCAUGGUCAGGCCCACGCUGUGAUGGGCUCUUCCCAGUCCCAGUGACUUGGCCAGAGAGAGCUUUGCCCGGCGACUUCCCUGUGCGGGGCUCAAAGGGGAGAGGUAAUAGCUGCAUAUACAGUUGACCCUUGAGCAACAUCAACACGGGCUUGAACUGCACAGGUCCGCUUACACGUGGAUUUUUUCAAGAAAUAUACAGUCGUCCCUCCGUAUCCCUGGAUUUUGCAUCUGCAUUUUCAACCAGUUAUGAAUGAAAGCAGUAUUUUCAAUCUGCAGCUGGGAACCAGAGAUGUGGAGAACCAGCUGUGUGCAUUGUUUUGUCAUUUUGUAUAAGGGACUGCGACAUCCAAGGAUUUUGGGGUGUGUGUGCGUGUGUGUGCGUGUGUGUGUGUCUGUCCUGGAACCAGUCCCCCUCAAUAAAGAUGGCUGACUGUAGUAGAGUUGUGGGGAGUCAAGUUAUAGGUGGAUUUUCAAUGGCCUGGGUCUCAGGGUCCCUAACUCCUGUGCUGUUCAAGGGUCAACUGUGCUUCCCAUGUAAGCCUGGAACAUGAACUAGUGCAGAGAGAGGACUUAACUGAAAAUGGACGUGGUGUAGCGUGCGAGGGAAUUCAGAUGGUGCAGGCAGAACAUUCCAGUCGUGAGUCUGUCAGCACAGAACUUCACCAUUUUACUGAGACCCAGAUACACAGGUCCCUUGUCAAGACUUUUUGUUGUAAAGUUGAAGGCCCCCCCCCCCACACAUACAUUGCAAGUCAGCUAUUUUGCCUUUAGCUCUUUAACACUUUGAAUUUGGCUUUGCCUCCAUGUUUUCGUGAGGUCAUCCCAACAUCCGUUAUCCUGUUUUCCUUUGAAGUAAUGGCCUUGAGUGUCCUCCGCGCUGUCGGCUUCGUUAUGAACCCACCUAUACUACCCUGGGACAGAUUACGCUCUUCUUGGUGUUGGUGUGUAACUCGGAAAAUCUUUAAAAUUAGAUGUUCCAGUUAUUUAUUUAAAUACCUUUUUGCUGAGAAAGCUUAGUGGAUUUAAUAAGAAGGAAUUUUGAAAUCCAGCAAAUAGUUCCAUACCUCACACCGAUGGCAGACAACUGUGCAACCAGAGUUGGUGGCGGCUGCUUGCCUGUUGGACUGAGGCGAGCAGAAGAUGCUGGUGGUGAUGGCCGGCAGCAGGGGAUCCACGGGUCAGCUGACUUUUUCCUAUAUUAUUUAAUACUAAUGUGUGAUUUUAAAAAACUUUUGAUUUUCUGCAUACUUUAAAUUUUUGUACAGUUUGCUUUCCAUAUAUUGUCUUGGAAGGAUACUAUGUAACGAUGGGCCAGGCCUACAGUAAUGGGAGACUUUUAAUGUAUGUGAUAUUUUAUAGGUUGCAUGCUAUUAAUAGUCUGUGAUGGUAGUAUUUCUUGUUUUAUUGUCAGUUUCCCCAUUUAUCUUUUUAUAAAUGAGAUGAGAUAGUGGGCAGUAGGAAUUCCAAAUGAAUGUAGAAAUCUCACAUGCUACAUAAUAUUGUGGCAAAGGGGAUCCAAGUCUAAAUCUGCUGACAAGCAAGCAACAUUAUCAGGAUAGAAUCUAAUGGGAGAGGGAAUUUUUUUUCCUUUUUGACUUGCUGUCCAUUUCCUGUUUUCUUAAAAAAAAAAAAAAA